AUGGAAGGGCUAAAUAUGAGUUGGAAUGCACACGAGAGAGUCGAUCUAAUGAUCGUAAUCGGACUAAUGCUCCCAGCAAUCGGAUGUCUUGGCUUGAUUGGAAAUACACUCUCGGCUUUCACCUACUCACGGAGGGAAAUGAUUUCAAGUUUGAAUGUAUACCUCUUCGCUCUGGCUUGCUCGGAUAUUGUUAUAAUUCUUACUGCCUUCUUCCUUUUCUUCCUGGAAAACAUGAGAAAGCGAUCCGAAUGGGCAACCUACUACUUCGCAGUCCUAUCACCGGUGAUGUUCCCUUUGGGACUCACGGCUCAGACAAUAUCGGUCUUCAUAACAGUUGCCUCGGCGUUCGAUUGUCUUGUUUUGGUAGCGGCUAGUGAUAAGUUCAAGAGCAAGUUCUGUUCGGUCAACACCUCCAUAAUCGUUAUUGUCAAGAUUCUCCUCUUGGGAGCGCUGUACAACUCUCCACACAUGUACGAGAUCUACGUCAUUGAUUGCUGGAGUACUAUGUAUAACACUGCUUCGAAGGAUGUGUGUCCUACAGCUCUCCGGGCUGAUGAGGAUUACGUACGAAUCUACUACGUGUACAUGUAUACCAUCGUAAUGGCUGUCGGUCCCGUUUUUCUUCUUGUCAUCAUCAACUCUGCAAUUGUGAUUAGUAUGCGACGGUCCUCUUCCCCGAACAGCGAAUCUGACAUCAUCACACUGGUGUUGGUGGUAUGCCUGUUCAUCUCAUGUAAUGUCUUGCCACUCACUGUUAACUUCUUGGAGCUACUUUUCGGAAUCAUCAACAGUUAUCUUAUUGAUCUGUCCAAUUUGAUGGUGGUCGUCAACUCGUCGUGCAAUUUUUUGAUCUACUACACAUUUGGCUCGAAUUUCCGUCGUACACUCCGUCAUUAUCUCAGGAAUGCGUUCAACUUUAAUGCUCCAAUUCAACUCGCUAACAAUCGUACACCACCAAGGGUCAAAAUGUGUCUUCCUCCAACCGAGUGUUGCAAUCAAGGAGACCCGAGCCCAAAUCAGCCAUGUAUGACCUACGACAGUUCUAUGAUGGCUGCGACUCUUGAUGAGGCAAUGUUCACAUUUCCAAAUCUGGCAAGUCCAGAUCAAUCGACAUUGUUCAAGCCGUCUAGUGGUUACGGAGGAGCUGGAGAAGGAUCAGAGAAAGUGAAUCCUAACCCAGUGAGUGUUGGAGACCAGAACGAGGAUACAAUGAUGCCAAUGGCUUCAGUGGCAUCUGGACCAUCUGUAAUGACCACCAAAGUCUCAAUAGCUGCAUAUGGAGCUGGGACGCCACUAGGCUCGUCGAUGAAUGGCGAAUGUCCUACUUAUGCGUGCAUGAGUUGUAAAAUGGCACUUUUGAAUGGAUUCCUGGCUAAUCCAAACAUCGGGGCCGCUGAUAACGCAACAAUGACAGCGCAAAGAAAUGCACUGGCGCAGAGACUGGGCACCACACAAGGCUCAUGUGACCAGAAUUCCAGAAAGAAGAGAUUUUCGGAGGGCUACUCUCAUGUUAACAAACACAAACUGAAGAAGCGUCUUGCAAAACGAUUCGUCCUAAUGAACACCACUCCCGACCCAAUGAGCGAUGAUGAAUUAGAUAAUAACUCGAUUGAUGAAAAUGUGUCGACAGAUUCAGGAAAUAAUGAUUCAAAUGGGGCCAAGAACAAGCCGCCAGUUCUUGGCGUCGUCACAGGCCUCGGUUGUCAGUACCGUCGAGGAGAAGCCCUUGAAACCAAUUCAGAGUGGUGUGGUUUGUGCAAUUUGUGUUGGCAAUGGAGAAAACUUCCGUCUGACUACUACCCCAACUAUUUGAAUGAGGUCAAUUGCGACCACAACGACGAUGGAUGUCUCUCAGGAUUCGGAGAAUGCAAGCCAAUUCUGCGGCCGAUCAAUGUGAUGAGAAAAAAAGGUGACGAAUGGGUGAAGGAGUCGAUUGACACGACGACCGCGUGCGAGUGUCAAGUCGAAAUUGGAUCUUCUCUUCAUGGAUUGGUCGUCAAAUGA